AGGUCCUCAAGCACGUGCAUAGAUGCAGCCAUAUCAUUCAAAUACCAGUUUGGUGUCGACGAUGAGAAGCAGGCAACAGCGAACUUGUUCUGUGUGAGUAAAAAGUUUCGUUGUGACUAAUUUUCUUUGUCGGUGGAAAGAGUGCAUCGUAUGUCAGAUCCAUAAUUUCUACCAAGACAUGCAAAGUUAGUUGAAGAAGUGGAUUGUAAGCGUCCAGCACGAGGACCGCCAUUCGACAACCGUACUACCGGGACGACCUCUCUACUGACGAAAUCUGUCCCUAAUUACGUACUUUGGGCGGCGCAGUGGUCACCAAGACUGGGCGCGUACGCAACAACUUAGUACGACAGUGGCCUUCAAAAUGCAGCAUCCGCAGCAGUCCUCCCCCGCGGUAACACCCCCGGCGAACCAAACCACCGCCAUCCUAAAGCAGGCGUUCGCGGCCACCUUCGCCGCGAACAGCGACACGCGGCUGCAGGGCGAGUUAAUUUUGAAGGAUAUCAAAAGGAAAAAUCCCCCCACCCCAUAUCGAACAGGUACAGUCCGGAAAUUUGUGUUGCUGAUUUGAGGUCACAAAUCACAUUUGUCUUGCAAGAAGAUAAGGGCAGAAGCUUCCGCCCCAUUAUGGAAGCGAUUUGUCAUGCUGUGAGGCCUAAAAGGGAGCCGCUUGCCAUGCUGCACAACUAGAGCCAUACGCCCCUACCUAGCCUGGGGAUCUGGCCGCAAUGCCUCUCUGCAAUACAAACCUGAUUUGUGUACUCAAAUACAGCAUCACAAAUUUCGUUUUCGAUAUGGGGAGGGGGGAUUUUUCCUUUUGAUAAAGGAAUUGGAAUCUUCGCCGCAAAAAUUCCAGCUGUAUCAAGUGUAAAAAUGUCUGGGUCUGGAAGGAUGUAACUUGUGAUGCGCAUUUCAGAACACACAAAAAUCUCUGAUGCAUAGGCAGCAAAAGCUGCUCACUUCUGUCACCAAAGUGGCAGACUUGUCAUGCGGAUUCGGCAUUGCGGAAGCUUCUCGAAACCUGUGAUGCUAGAGCUUCCAUGCCAGACCUUCUGUGUCAUGCAGAAACAGCAUGAUUCUUCCAGACCCAGACACUUUUACAUUUGAUAAGCUGCUCUUCCAAACCAUCGUGGAACUAUGCCAGGAGAAUACUAUCGCUGCCGGCGAUUUUGUCGCGCAAAAACAGCAGUACACGGUGCUGCAGGCCUGCUUCGUGUACUUGAAGAACCGAGCGGGGAAGGUUUUAGACAACAAAUCUUCAUCUGCUGGUUCCGCGGGCAGUGCAAAGAACUCAGAUAGCAAAGAUGGCGGCUCCAGUACUACCGCCGCCCAGAAAGACGGUGGUCCCGACGAAGACUAUCUGCGCUGGAACUUGCUGGAACUGAUGCAGACUAUUGCGAGAUUUUUGGCGGCGAAAGAAGAACAACUAUCUGCAGUGCUGGGCGGGCAGAGUCAAACCUCGCAUGCAGCAAGUAGCUCUAGUUCUCCUUUUCAGCCGGCGGAAAGAGGGGCGGCAGGUACUCCUAUCAAGAGCGGUAAAAUUCCUGCGACGACGGGAACAUCAGCGACAGCCUUGUUAAAGCCGAUGAAGACCGAAGAGGAUCUGUUCAAAAAGCAGCAUUUUCAGCUGAAACAGACGUUUGCGAAGUUGUUUCAAGAGGUCGUGCGGCUGUUGCUCCGGAAGGAUUCGAGUAAUUUUAUGGAAAAUGUUGUGGAGCAGAAGGUUUUGCCAAUGCUGAAGCAACAAGUGGAAAGCCUCGUCGCACCAGCCCAACCAAACGCAUCGAAUGAUCCACUGCAGCGCAAAGAAGCCUUAUCCUCUUCCUCCCUGCCGGAGUUGCACGCGACGCUUCUAUUCCUUCGGGGAAUUUUCAAGGGUUUGGAAAUGUCGCGGGGUUUGCAGCGAGGGCCGUUUUUCGAGAAACUGAUCCAAGUUUUCUUCCCGGUCCUGCGCGUUUUGGCGGACUCCGUACUGGAAAACUGUGCAGCGAAAAAUAAUAAAUGUGACGACAACCAAGGAGCAGCUGCACACGACCAAGUCAAGUACUACUACUGGGAGGUCACCCGACUGGUUCUCAAGAUGUACUACCAUGCCGUAUACCACUCCUUAGACCAGUUUAUCGUGGAAAACCUGGAGCCUUGGAUGACGGUGGUGUACAAGGUUAUUGAGGUAAACGGCAAGCAAGGGCGUGGCGUGGCUUCUAGUGGUCCAGAAAACAACGAAGCCGCCGCGGAAGUGUCGCAGUUGUCGAGUUUGAAGUGGGCGCUGCGGAUCUGCUUCCGCAUGUUCCACAAGCAUUUGAAAGUGGAUCUGGACGAAGCGUCGGAAGAGGUUGUGCUGCAAAAAUUUCAGGAAGAGUUCAAACAAAAGUAUGCCCUGGUGAUGACGAAGGGCGUGUUGAGCAUUUUGGACCUGUUUUCAACAUCAGCAGCAACUUCCUCAGUCACUGCCACCGGAACUUCUACUGCGAGCAGUAGUUCUAGCCAGCAGAAACUGAAAAAGUCCAAAACGCUGACGCUAUUGAUUCUCACCGAAGCCUGCGACUUUUCGUCCUGCUUCAAGGAGCUGAAGCCCCAGAUGCAGAUCGUGAUCGAGAAGGUCUGCUUUCCCUUACUCUGCUUCAAUGCCUCCGAUAUCGAGCUCUACGAGCAGGAUCCGGAGGAGUUUUUGCGGAUCCAGACGGAUUGCUUUGCAAUGCUGAAGUCGCCGCGUUCCGCGGCGGAAAAAUUGGUGAAGCAACUAGCGAAGCACCGCACGCAGGCCAUGUUUCUGCCGACCAUGAGCUUCCUUUCGAGCGUGUUUGCUAGUACCACCGAAGGGAAUGCUAACGCAGGCAGUUGUGCCACCAGCAGCUCUGACCAGCAGAGUGAACAAGCAAAUACCGCGCAAAACCUUCAAAGUUCUAGGCUUCGCAAUUACUCCGGGGCACUGAACAUGCUGAAGUUGCUGAAGACGACGUUUCUGCAAGUUUGCAGCGAGCACGACCAGACCGGGGAAAUGAAACAGGCUUUGUGGACCGUUUUGUCCCAAAACGUGCUGACAUGUCUGCACGUAAGUAGCAGCAAUUCUUCCUCGGGUUCGGGAGGUAGUAGUAAUAAUAACCUCAGCACCGCCGAAAAGCUGCUCCAGUUCGCCGCGUUUCAGGUGUUGUCGCAAUACGCGAUGGGAAAAGCGUUCUCCAAUGGGAAAUUAGCUUUGGUGCAGCAAACGAGCGUCCAUCCCGGCGGUGCACAAACAAUGCACGACGACCGGUUGAAAUUGUUAUCCACCGUGACGCAAACCGCGGUCGAGACGAUUAUCUCCACGAGCACAAUCCAGAAUUGCAACGACAGUACAACGAACAGCGACUGGAUCUUGAGAGCGACCGCCGCGACAGAACUUCGGUAUUUCGUGGAGGAGUGGAAGCGCGUGGAAAAUCAGCAGCAACUGAAUAAUGGCGCUGGUUGUUCUAACCUCUCUUUCUUCGUCCAGAUUCUGAACGCCGUAACGACUUCUACACGGGGAAGUGCGCCGUCUCAGAAUCAAAACACCACGACCAGCUGCGCCUUGGUGGUGAAUUUGGUUCGGCUGUCCCAGGAGUCGCACUCGGACUUGAUCCCGGAAACCCUGUCCGCAAUUUCUGCCGCCUUUCCCCAGAUCGUUUUACCUCACGUUUCGGAUCUGAUGCUGGAACUUGUGGCAACGUUGGUGAAAAACCUCUGUAUUGAGGAUUAUGAAAUGCGCGAGUCGGACCAGAUGUGUUUGCACAACGAAUCCAUUUCCGGCUGUGUGACACAGUUGAUGAAAUUGCUGCUGCAGCAGGUGCAGCAAGGAAGUAGUAGCAAUAGCAGUAGUGGUGCAGGUGCUGCUGCGCUUGCUCCUAAUGCAAGCGUGAAAUUUAUCCCCGGCGCCACCGCAACUUCAUCAACCGCUCUCCAGCAGAAGCGUAUGGAUUUGGCGCACGCGGGGCUGGCGUUGAAGCCGCUGGUGGAGAAGGUCUUGGAGUUGGAUUUGAUUGACGACUACAUUGACAUGUUUGGUGAAAUGCUUGCCAUGGUCACGCUGGAGUGCGCCUUUCAUCCCGAGUUGGUGAAGUUGGUGAUCCAGUUGGUGCACUUGGUGUGCUGCAAACCGAAGGUGGAGCGGGAAGUUCCAAAUGCUGCUUCGCAACAGAACGUAAACCAUGGCCUUGAAGCCCCCGUGGCCGCAGUGUUGAAGCUGCAGUACACGACCAACACGGCCGGGCUGGAGCAGUUGGAGUUCGUGCACGCUAUGGUGCGGAAUGUUUUGCUCCGGUUUUCGGACGAGAUUCUGGGAGAGGCAGUUUUCGGACCCGCGCAUUUAUGUGGGAGGGAUGCCAUGCGGUUUGUUCUCCCGGCCUUGAAUGGCGAGCUGCUGCCUUUCCUCAAACAGUCUUUCGACGUGGCUAACACAGAGGUACACUGGAUUGAAAGAACCGUGGACGUCGAUAGUAGUACAUCAACAGCUCUCGCGACGACGUCUGGGAGUUGUGCUCAGGUGAUGCAGUUGUUGCAAGCCAAACCGUCCUGCAUUUUGACUAGCGACGCUCCAGGCGAAGGAGGGGAAGACGGUUUGGUCGAGACCAUGCGAAAAGGCAUGCGCGAGUUCGCGGAAACUGGAAACUUUCCGGGUAUUGAGUUCUCAAGGCAAAAAGGGAACAGCUCUGCCGUGGGGGAAUUGCUUUCCGGGGGCUUUUUCGCGCCGAAUGACUCUUCUUUCUACGAGCUCGUGGUUGUGCAAAAAAAUGCGGGUGGCCAGAGUCAACAGUCGGUGCGAAUUGAAAUGCCAAAUUUAGCGACGAUGUUCACUACUGCGAAAGUGAAGGCGAUGCGGCAGUGGCCUGGGGCGGACUACAGGGUGCCACCUUUCACUACUUCCAGGGGACAAGUAGCAACUGCGGAAAGAAGUCACACGGCUUUCCCACUGAGCAGUUUUCUCUCAGAACUAGAGAAGGGUCAAACCGUCUACGAGAUGCUGUUCGACGUCGUUGCGCUCGCGGUCGAAAGAAACGCCUACGAGUCUCACUUCGCGGUGACCAGUUUACUGGACGCGGUGGUGCUGAUGCACGAGAAGCAAAAGUCGGUCUUCUUGGAGGAAGACGUUCGUCUUGCACGACAGCCGGAAGGUGUUGGUUGUAAAGCCCUCUUGAUUCCUGGAUCCAUCGCGAAGCUGCAGCCCUUCAUUGAUUUACUUGAGCGGAACACGACUGCACCGGCGACGCCAGCGAAAAUCACAAACCGGCUGAAGCGAAUUUAUCUCGCGACACUGGUGAAGCUGUUGGCGAAGAUGCCAGAAAUUUUCCUCCGCUUCUUCGUCCGCGAAUCUAGUCCUGAUGGAGGGAGUACAAGACCUCUUUCUGGCGCCGAGCGGUUUGCGCGGUUCAUUUCGGCUGCGUUCGACAUUACUGUCAACCUUGGAGGUCCAACGGCAGCAACACCCUCCGGAACCCUUCACCCCAACGCUUCUUUGGAAUUCACGAACUUCAUGCUAUCGAACAAGCAGCGCCGGGCUUUCUAUUCCCAGGCGAUUGAGCAGUUGUUCGCGAUCGGGAACCUCGCUAAGAACCACGUAAUGGCCGCUAAUAAUGACCUCGCUAAGAUGAACGUAACGGCAGAGAAGCAGUUGGUCGCGGGAGUUUUAGGUUUGGAGGGAAGGAGCUGUGUAGUUGCAGGAGCGCCGGCUGAUAGUACGACGAGAACAACUGGGUCCGCUACGCCACCAGCGGUGUCUACUGCAAGUACCAUGACUGCUGCUUCGGUGACAGCACCCUCUCAAUCCGGUUUGGUCCACGAACUUUUGCUGCUCUUGAAGCAGAAGAUUUUGGCCUUGGACCAGCAGCAGCAUACUAAUUCACAGAUGGCAAUAAACAACCACAACGCCAACCACAACCACCCCAACCACAGUCAGGUGUCCAACGUGGACACCACGUGCAGCUUAUCGACUGUAAAAAUGUCUGGGUCUGGAAGAUUGGCAGCUUUGUCAUGCAUAUUUUGCAUGACCCGUGAAGUCUGUAAUGCAUGCACGAGCAUCACUGAUUUUUAGGGGGCUUCCUAAUGCCUAUUCCGCAUGAGAAAGCCCCUCUCCGUGUAGCCCAAACUGGUGGAGUCCUCUUGCAGGUCACGCAAUACACUCAUUUUUUUUUGAAUCCAGAGACAGCAUCACAAGUUUAGAAUCUUCCAGACCCAGACAUUUUUGCAUUUGAUACAGCUUCUUCGGGGACGAUGCGAGCGACAAGUUGCAGGACUUCUCCGACGAGGAUUCGGAGGAGGCAUCCUGCUUUGGCGACGACGACGAGUUUUUUGAGGACGGUUACAACGGGCUCGACGCUGGUUUUUUCGCGGUCGACGAGAACCAGGAUGUGGGGUCGGCGUCCGCCGGCGCGGCGAACAAGGAACAGCGCGACCAAAUCACGCAGAAACUCAUGAGCGCCUAUUUCGGCCGGGACAAAACCUCCAGCAACAUGGACAGCUCGCUGGGACAGCUCGCGAAGUACUGCGUCAAAGGGCCGUGAAGGCUGUUUUUGUGAGGUGCUUUUAGAAGUAUAACUGAGUUGGAACAAGCUGUCUGGUCUUGUUGUCGGGCAGUGAAAGAGGUGAUGCGGAGCUCGUAUGGGCGUGAAAGCGAAUCUGAUAGAUAAGUACAUUUAUUGCGCAACCACACCAGUAUGUCUAUGUUCAUUAUGUCAUUCAAAUUUCAACCUUCGGAUAGCGAU